ACGUAUUCUUCUUCAAGAGCUUUAGUUUUGGCACGCCUGUUGGUAAAAGCUGUGCAACACUGCCCUCUGGGGGUCGAUGGAGCUCACUGCAGUUCUUUUCCAAGGCGAUUUCCGGUGAGCCGAUUUAAACGAAGGAGUGGGCGGAGAGUCCCGAAGGCAGCCCGGUCUCCCCCGUUGCGGCUGUGACGGCUUUCCAUCCCGACAGCAAAGUUUAAACCCGGAAGUUUUCCAACAAUGAACCCAUUUCUGGAGUUGCUGCAUUCAUUUUCUAAUAGAAUAUCUCCAAAGGAGCUCUGUGAUCUAAAAUUCCUGUGCCAGAACAAAAUUGGAAAAAGAAAGCUUGAGGAUGUGAAAAGCGGCAAUGAUCUCUUCUCCCUUCUCCUGGAACAGGAUGAAAUUUCACAGGACAAAGUGGAAUUCUUAAGAUGCAUGUUCAAAAGCCUGAAAAGAGAAGAUCUACUAAUUCUGCUGCAACAGUUUCUAGAAGGCACAGAAGGUGAUCCAGAUCUUCAGCUGGAUAUUGCAGAAAAACGUAAGCUGAAGAAAGCUUUCAAAAUCGUGUGUGAUAAUGUUGGAAGAAACUGGAAAAGACUGAUUCGAGAACUUGGAAUUUCAGAUGCCAAAAUCGAUAAAAUUGUAGCAGCCAAUCAAAAUAACUUGGAGGAACAAACAAUGAAAUCACUUCUAGCAUGGCAGAAUUUAAAAGGGAACGAAGCCAAGGUUGAUGACUUAAUAAAAGCCCUCAGGAGCUGUGGAAUGAACCUGGUGGCAGAUUAUGUCGAAGAUGGUAUACAGCAGGAAAACUAAAACUCUGUGGGAAUAAACUAUUAAUGUUGGAAAUCUGCCCGGGUCGGGGGGGAGGUUGUCUGUCUGUUGUAGGCAGCAUUAGUGCUUUCAGCUGUCAUGUAAAAGCUUAUAUUGCUACAUAUUCACAAACGUCCUUUCUUUGAACAUAGUGGAAUUUAUGCUACUUAAAUGCUUUGUAGUACUCAUGUUUAUACUUUGCUCUAAGAUUGACUUAAAACAAGAAGUCUAGGUUUGCAGUGGAAUUCUAAAACGGAAGAGCUAUGAAGGUAAAAUACUCCUAAAAUGUUCAUAGUUAACAUACUUAAAAGGAAACUUUUUUUUGAAGUCAUCUGUACUAUGAAGGACACCUUUUGGAUAUAGUACUUCAGAAGUACAAGGAAACACGUGUUAAAAGAUCACAUAUUACAGAAAGUCUUAAGCAAUUUGUGAAUAAUGACCUUGAUAGAGGAUCUUCGAUACCACAGAUCAAAUCUUGCUCUGUAUUCUGUGUUAGUUCAUGAAUUUUGAUACCUAAUUUUAACAUAAGAACAGCCCUGCUGGACCAGGCCCAAGGGCUAUCUAGUCCCAGAUACCUCUGGGACCCACAGGCAAGAGCUGAGGGCAUACCCGUGCUAUUGCUCCCCUGCAACUGAUAUUUAGAAGCAUCUUGCCCCUGAAGCCGGAGGUGGUCUAUAGCUCUCAGACUAGUCGCCCUUAAUAGACCUGACCUCCAUGAAUUUAUCUAAACACUUCUUAAAGCCAUCUGGUCUGUUGACUGUUGCCACACCUUGUGACAGAAAAUUCUAUAGGUUAAUUGUGUGUUGUGUGGAAAAAGUACUUUCUUGGCAGUCAGUUUCAUAGAAUGACCCCUGGCUCUAGUCUUGUGAGAGAGGGAGAAAUAUUUAUCUGUCCACUCUAUGCAUAAUUUUAUACACCUCGAUCAUGUCUCCCAGUAGUCACCUCUUUGCCAAACAAAAGCCCCAGAUACUAUAGCCAUGCCUCAUAAGGAAUGUGCUCCAGGGACCUGAUUAGGGAUGUGUGAACCAGCUCACCUUUGAGUCAGUUCACACUCGAAUUAGCUGGACUCGAAGGUCUUGGCCGGUGAGCCGAGCCAAGCCCACCAUUCGCAAACCUACAGGUUUCCAGCAAGGAUUCCCUUUGCAAGUAAAGGCUUAGGGCUGUGGCGGGAGAGGGUGGCAAGGGGGAAGCUUCCCAUUUUACCUUUUAAAAAAAACUGCUGCGUGGCGGGAUGGCGGUGGCUGCUGCAGGGGGAGGGAAGGAAAAUUCCCCUCUUUCUUUCUUAAAAACAACCACUGUGUGCGGCGGGCACAGCAGCUGCGAUAUGGGUGUGGAGAAGGCGGUGAGACCUCCUUUCAUCUCCCCUCCUGCCACCCGAAUGACAGCUCAGGCUGGUCUGCAGCCCACUCUUGGCCUUUCUGUGCGCACUUCUUACUCCUCUCAAUUGUGAAAACGGUCCAUUUAUUCCUACCCUCUGUUUCCUGUCCUUUAACUAGUUACCAAUCCACUCAUGAACCUGUCUCCCUAUCCCAUGACUACUAAGUUCUCUCAAGAACUUAAUUUGCAAUUUUGAUGAGGAACUUUGUCAAAAGCUUUUUGGAAGUCAAGGUAUACUAUGUCAACUGAAUCAUGUUUAUCCACAUGCUUGUUUGACUCUCUCAAAGAACUCCAAAAGGCUAGUGAGGCAAGAUUUACCUUUGCAGAAGCCAUGCUAGUUCUUCUGCAACAGAGACCGUUCUUCUAUAUCAGGCCUGCACAACAUGCGGCCCGGGGGCCAGAUGCGGCCCGCAAGGCCUUUUUUUCCUGGCCCCCGGGGCUAUUUCCUCUUCCUCCCCCUGCUGCUUAAAAAACACGCCCCCCAAAAAAAAAAAUUCCAGCCGCUGCACAGCUGAGGAGAUGGCUGUGGGGGUGCAGGUGUUCUUCCUUACCCUCCCCCACGACAGCAGUGGCGCACAGCGGCAGAAACCAGAGUGACACUCGGGUCUGCUAUUUGGCCCAGUGUUGCUUCCCAACUGUGACGCGCGCCUGCGCAGUUAAGUCUCUUAAGUCUCUCUCUCUCUCUCUCUCUCUCCCCCUCUCCCUCCCCCACCAAGACUGCUCCGUUCUCUCUCUCUCUCUCUCACCAAGACUGUUCCAUUCUCUCUCUCUCUCUCUCUCUCUCACACACACACACACACACACACACCAGGACUGCUCCAUUCUCUCUCUCUCUCUCAUGCUCCAUUCUCUCUCUCUCUCUCUCUCCCACCAAGACUGCUCCAUUCUCUCUCUCUCUCUCACCAAGACUGCUCCAUUCUCUCUCUCUCUCUCUCUCUCAUGCUCCAUUCUCUCUCUCUCUCUCUCUCUCUCUCUCUCUCUCUCUCUCUCUCUCUCUCUCAUGCUCCAUUCUCUCUCUCUCUCUCUCUCUCUCUCACCAAGACUGCUCCAUUCUCUCUCUCUCUCUCUCUCUCUCUCUCUCUCUCAGGCCAAGCCUCCUGCUGCAUCCUUUCCAUCUCUCCCCCCCUUCUUUUCCAAAAUUAUGAGAAGAGGUUCUCAUUUUUCCCCCCUUAAAAGUGUUCCAUGUUUUUUGUGAUGAUUUGGCAGAGGUGGAGAGGAAGAACAAUGCAUUUUAUUAUGUAUUUUGUACAGAUUGUAUAAUAUUUAUAUUAGAAUGAAUUUUAAUUCAACUUAUUUCAUAUUAAUUUAAAUCAAUCUUGGCCUGCCAGAACAUCAAAAGUUAAAUAUUGAUUAAAUUCCUUUUUAAUUCAUUUUUAAUUCAUUUCACUUUAAUUCAGUUGAUUGAUUGAUUGAUUGAUUGAUAUUAAGUGUUACUCUAAUAAUCAGCACCCUAGGAAUUGACCUCGGCCCCCAUGAACCAAGUCCCAGUUGGUUUCGGCCCGCCAGGUCAUUUGAGUUGUGCAGGCCUGUUCUAUAUGCUUAACAAUUUUAUCCUUGAUAAUGUGUUCCAUCAAUUUGCCUGGAACAGACAUUAAGCUAACCACCCUGUAACUUCCUGGAUCCCCCUUCCUCCAGAUCCCUUUUUGAUAAUUGGAAUUUCAUUGGCUACUUCCCAGUCCUCUGCUACAGAGCCUGAUUGUAGGGAUAAGUUAUAUAUUUUCAUAAGGAGGUCGGCAAUUUCACAUCUGAGUUCUUUAAGGACUUAGGUGGAUGCCAUCUGGUUCUGGCAAUUUGUUAACUUUUUAAAUUUUUCCGACAGUUUAGAACAGGCCUGCUCAAUUUAUGCCCCCCCAGCUGUUUUUAGACUACAACUCCCAUAAUCCCCAGCCACAGUGGCCAAUAACUAGGGAUUAUGGGAGUUGUAGGCCAACAUCUGCAGGAGGCCCAAAGUUAAGCAGCCCUGGUUUAGAACAGCCUCUCUUGUCACGCCUAUCUGACUCAAUUCUUUAGCCCCUCUCCCUAAGAAGCUCAGUUCAGGCACAGGUAUAUGCUCAAUAUCUGCCACCAUGAAGAUGGAUGCAAAGAACUCAUUUGGCUUCUCUGCAAUCUCCAUAUUCUCCUUUUAAUAUCCCUUUCACUCCCUCAUCAUCUAACGGUCCAAAUGCCUCCCUGACAGGUUUCCUGCUUCUGAUGUACUUAAAGAAGUUUUUGUUAUUCCUCUUAAUUUUGAUUGUGCCAUCGAGUCGGUGUCAACUCCUAGUGAUCACAUUCCAUGUGGUUUUCUUGGUAGAAUACAGGAGUGGUUUACCAGUGGCUCCUCCCAUGAAACAUUUUGCUAAAUGUUCCUCAAACUCUUCUUGCCUCCUUUAUUUCUCCUUGCAUAUCUUCUGCCAGAGUUUGUGUUCCUCUCUGUUUUUUUCAUAUGGGCAGGCCUUCCAAUUUCUGAAGAAAGUACUUUCCCCCUUUGUUGCUUCCUUGACUUUACUUGUUUGCCAUGCUGGCAUCCUCCAGGAGUUGGUGUUACUUUUCCUCCUCUUUGGUAAACAUUUUAACUGGGUUUCUAUUAUUGUAGUUUUAAAUAAACUCCAUGCAUUCUUGAGUGAA